AUGGCCAAGCUCUUCCACGACAUCUGUGUGGAGCAAUCCACCCAGCUUACAGCUUCGAUCAAGGAGUUCAGUGAUGGCGCACUCCAUGAGGAUGAAAAGCACAAUUACUAUAUGAAUUGUUUGUUUCACGAGUUCGAAGUGGUCGACGACAAUGGCGAUGCGCAUCUGGAUACACUAUUCCGCUCGGUGCCGCACUCGAUUCGAGACAAUCUGAUAGCCAUGUCCCAGUAG